AUGACUCGACAAACUCGCCUUGCACUCGGCUACCAUGAGAAUGAGAAGAUUUACCAGGAGGACCCGAGGCAGAAGCAGCGCUUCUAUGCAGACAAAAGCGACUAUGUGGACGACAUAAACCGAUUGAAGAAGCUAUUUCGUCUAACAGUGAGAGAAGACUUAUCGGUGCUUGAUGGUCUCGACAUCCCUCAAAUUCGAGAAGUGUGUCGCAAGGAACUUCCAGAGGCAAGCAAGAAUAUAGAAGGGGCGAAGUCAUGCUUUGUUUUUGUCGCCGAUGAGGAAGUCUUGAAUGAUAUCACCCGUGGAGUAUUUGUGAUCAAAGUUGUUGGUUAUGAUUGGGACGAAGAUCGACUCGGGCAGGGUUGGAUGAGAAUUCGAACCGGCGAGGUGCUGGAACUUUGGCAGGCACUUUUACUUUGGGACUCCAUGGAUUCUGACCCUUACGAGGAGAUUCAGGAUCACUGGCUUGGACAGGAGUUGAAAAGGCUGGAGUAUUAA